UUCGUUGAGCACCGCUCAUAACAAGCAGGGUCAUCACCGAGGCUUCUAUGUUGGCAGCGACGGCGCAGCAAGCUUCACCUAACGUAUUUUCUCUGAAUGUGUGGUUAUCUUUGCCAGCUGCCUAUCAAUCGUCGCACGUGGAAAUCAAGCACUCGUUUCCGUUGACGACAGCAUCCUGUAAGCACAACAGGUGUCGUCGGCUUCGUUGAGCAUCGCUCAUAAUAAGCCGGGCCAUCACCGAGGCUUCAACGUUGGCAGCGACGGCGCAGCAAGCUUCGCUUAACGUAUUUUCUCUGAACGUGCAGUCACGUCAUACAGAAGAAACCCUAAAGAGGCUAUGGAUCCAGACGCCUACAGGGACAUCGAAGGACUGCGUAUGCUAAAGUUCUUCGACGAGACCAAUGUCCGCUUUGCUAUGGGCUACGAACCAGAGGACGAUGACGUCAUCAUUGUCAGUUAUCCCAAGUGCGGUACAACGUGGACACAAUACAUCGUGUCGAACCUCUUCACCCACGGGAACCCUCCCAAGACGACAGUGGACUUCAUGCUGUCCUCGCCUAUCAUAGAACUCACAGGUGUCGACGCCGUGCGCAAGAUGCCACGCCCGGGGGCCCUGAUGACGCACCUGCCUUACGACAAGUGCAAGCAUUCUUCGAGGGCCAAGUACAUCUACGUGACGAGAAACCCGUAUGAUUGCUGCGUAUCGUACUAUCACUUUAGCAAAUAUUUCACAUCGACUAAGUGUGAAGACGUGUCUUUCGACAAGUUUCUUUCUCUCUUCUUAUCUGGAAACUUGCUCUACGGUGAGUACUUUGAUCACCUCCUCUCGUGGUACCCACAUCGAGACGACCCUAACGUACUCUUUUUGACUUACGAGAAACUUCAAGAGAACAUGGCUUACUGGGUGCUACGCAUUGCCGACUUCUUGGGUGAACAAUAUGGCAGCGCCUUCCGGAAUGACGAAUCAUUGCUGCAGAAGGUGCUCGACUCAUGUACUGUGCACAACAUGAAAACGGUAUUUACCGACCCUACGAAGAUGUGGAUCCGGAAAGCGUUAAAUUUGCCGCCAGAAAGGCGCCUAGCUUCCCUAGAAGCCUACAGACACAGCGUGGCUCACCAGGAAGAAACACAUCGUGGAGGCGGCCUGGUUCGUAAAGGUGUCGUGGGAGACUGGAAGAACCAUUUUUCUUUGGAGCAGAUCGAACGAAUGAAGCACAGGAUAGCAGAGAAAACAGCCGUGGCACCGCAUGUCAUGAAUCUUUGGGAAGGUCUGCAGCUUCCAGUGUGAAGUACAAACACCGCCCUUGCGAGCAUUUCUGGUGCAGUUCCAGCAUCUAAUGAAGCCCAUCAUGAGACGAUGAAUAAAAUUGCUUGUCGCUCUUAUUGA